AUGGUCUCAAUAUCGCAAGCCGAUGCGGCCAUUAAAAGCCUGAACAACAACUGCGUCGUUGACACUGCACUCGGCGCCAUCUUGGUGAAGUACGCCGCCGGCGAGGCCGAGCGCCUGGGAUUCACCUCCCUCGUAGGGGAUCCCGGGGUGAAUGAAUGCAAGCUGUUCGUCGGCAGCAUACCCAAAACGGGCGACGAGUCCAUCGUCCGCGAAAUAUUUGAGCAGUACGGCACGUUGGAGGAUGUGUUUGUUAUGAAGGACCAGAACGGCGCCGGCAAGGGUUGCGCGUUCGUUAAGAUGGCGUACAAAGAGCAGGGGCUUUAUGCCAUACGCUCACUCGAUGGCAUGAAGCAGUUGGAAGGCUGCUCCCGCCCGAUGGAGGUGCGUUUCGCGGAGUCGAAGGCGAACAAGCAGAACAACGCCGGUAUGCACCACUCCUCCAUGCGUGCGCCGAUGGUCCAGCCGCCGUACCCCAUGCCAACGCCGAGCCAGGUGCGCCAGGUCGGCAUCUGGAGGGAGUACAUAUCCCCCGAGGGCAAGCCGUACUUCUACAACGAACAAACGGGGCACACGCAGUGGGAGCGCCCGCCGGAGUUCGACAACCCCAGCGGUGCCAGCCAGGCCCCGGCGGGACCCCCCGGCGCCAAUCUGUUCAUAUUCCACAUCCCCAACGAGUGGACUCAGUACGACCUCGUGCGUACCUUCUCCCAGUUCGGGAAGAUCCUGAGUUCACGGAUCGCGUCAGACAAGUCGACUGGAAGGCACAAGGGUUACGCCUUCGUGUCGUACGACUCGCCUGAUUCGGCCGCACAAGCCAUACAGCAUCUCAACGGCUUUACGGUGAUGGGGAAACGACUGAAGGUGACCAUCAAGAAGGGGGACGAGUCGGCGGCAGUGUCCGCGACACCGUCUACCGCCCCCGCCGUGGCACCCAGCAGCAGCGUGGUGGGCAGGAUGCCCACACCGGCGUACCAGACCUACCAGUCCCCCCAUGUAGCCGGAGCGCAGCCCUACGGACAGCAACCGUACUACGGAUCCUAUCAGAGGUACGCUCCAUAUUAA